AUGUGCGACACAUCGAUCACGGACAUCGUGCGGCACUUCGUGUGCAUCGGAUACGCCCAUUCCGACAUCUACAACUUCUUGACACUAUUAGACAAUAAUCCGAGCAUCGAAAGAAAGCCCGGUUCCGGACGGCCGACAACCCGGAGCCAAACAGUGAAAAAGUACCUGGCAAACAUGAACACACAUAUCAGAAAGCGGAUGUCGCGUCCACUGAUUUUGGAGCUGCAGGAAAUGACGCAGCGGCAGCUAUGGUCGUCCUCGUCCUCAGAAGAAGACCUCAAUGAACGACGAGCCACGCUACCGAGCACAAGCAGCACGAGCGACCAUCCGAGCCGACACCAGCAGUCCCAGCAGCAGCAGCAGCAGCACCAUCACCAACAGCAAACUCCCGGCAGUAGCCACAGCGUCAGCAAGCAGCGUCUCCAUCCGUCAACCUCGUCAUCGUCUUCAUCGUCGUCGUCGUCGUCAUCAUCAUCGUCAUCCUCUUCGCCGUCAUCGGGGGGUACACUAGAGAAACCGCAUCGUUCGGCCAGCAGAAGGAAGACCGAAUCGGCAGUGGAGCACAAGGCGGACAGACUGAGCCGACGAGAACGUAAGGAAAAGCAACAGCAAGAGGACCAAGGGCAGCAGGACAAGCAACGUCAACGAACCCGUUAG